AUGUGGCGAUCACAGAGUUCUACAGAGGAAUGGGAGAGACGAAAAACGUAUUUGAUUCGCAGUUUAUUUGAAGAUGUACCUUUCCUAUCACCAAUACAAGAGGAAGCAGAACCAGGUUUGUCCUCAUUCGAUGAUGAUUUUAGAGCUGAAAGUCCUCUCCCAGAUCUUAUUAUUGAAGUGGAACCCAAGAAACCAAAUCCUCACGAUGAACCUGAGGAGUUUUAUGAACGAUUGGCUAGAGAAAUGAGACGCCUGUAUAAAAGGGAUCAUUAUAUAUUAGAUUCUUCCACUUCCACUUCAAGUUCACUCAAAAGUUUUGAAAAAAAUGAAUAUGAACAACGACUUAGCACACGAUUUAAAUAUGGUAGCUCUGAUUCUGAAGAUAUUGAAGAUAUAAUUUCGUUACAAGAACCAGAGAUGCCGAGCCGAAGUGAGUUACUACCUAUUAAUACAAAUUCUGAUGAAGUACAAUUUGAAGGAAAUAAUAUUGAGAAUCAAAAGAUACAUGAAAGUUAUCAUGAAGAGUCAUCAUCUCGUAGUGUACCGGAAAGUACAGUAUCUGAAAAUAAUUCGUGUUCGCAACAAAUAAUAACUCAAGCCGAAGUUUACACCCAUACAGACGAAAUCUUAGAUGAAAUUACUAAUAAAUUAAAGUGUUACAAGGAUCCCGUUGACAAAAUGAAUGAUAAAAUAUUCAGUUCAGAUAUUAUAGAAGAUGAAAAUGUUAAUGAUAGAACAUAUUCUAAGGAUCUUGCAGAAAGCUGUGAUGCAAGCGGGAGUAAUAUCACAGAAAGCAGUGAACUGUCUAGUAACUUCUCAACCGAAAUAAUGAGACGAAUUCAAGAUCGCGCCUCAUUCGGAUCUUUGCCACACUAUAAACGGUCUAAUUCAGAUUCAGAAAAUGUUAUUUACGAAAAAGAUGUAUCGAUGGAGAUGCAACCAAUGCAACUAUCGGAAGAAAUCAUUUCGUAUGGGCCUAAAGAAAUAACUUAUGGCACUCCCAGUGAUAUAAAUACUCUAUUAAGCACUUCUACUCCAGUUUCAAAACGAAAAUCUAAAAUUGUUGAGAGAAAAUUUAGGAGAAGGUUGGUUUCUUACACAUCCCCCUCUUCUUCCACAAGCCGCAUGAAUGUUGGUUGCGUCAGUGCGACAGCUCAAACUUCUUUUUCUGAUGAUGAACCAGAUUGGAGUACAUUUUGGAAUAAUUUUUUUCUAGGAAUACCAACUGUUUAUAAUUUUUGUUCCUGCAGAAAUCAUGUUUGCUCG